UGGGAGGUGCGCGCACACCCGCGAAGCCCCGCGGGCCCGGAGCGCAGCGGCCGCCGCCAUGCCGGGCGCUGCCGAGCGCGGCUCCGACCUGUCCGAGCAGAUCGAGGCCUUCGUGGCGCGGCUGCGGGGCGGCGGGGAGCGGCCGCGCUCCGAGGACACGGCGCGGCAGACUCUGUCGCUGUUGCGGAAGAUCGUCGGGCACGGGCGAUGGAGCCGGGCCGGGGAGCUCAUGGACCUGAUCCGAACAGAGGGCCAGAGGAUGACGGCAGCCCAGCCGUCCGAGACAACUGUGGGCAACAUGGUGCGGCGAGUGCUGAAGAUCAUUCGGGAGGAGUAUGGCAGGCUUCACGGGCGCAGUGAGGAGAGCGACCAGCAAGAAUCCCUGCACAAACUCCUGACUUCUGGAGGACUGAGCGAGGAUUUCAGCACCCAUUAUCCUCACCUCAGAGCUAAUGUUAUUGAAGCUAUUAAUGAGCUGCUGAUAGAAAUAGAGGGCACCACGGAUAACAUCGCUAUGCAGGCGCUGGAGCACAUCCAUUCCAACGAGGUGAUCAUGACCAUUGGCUACUCGCGCACUGUGGAGGCCUUCCUGAAGGAAGCUGCCCGCAAGCGCAAGUUCCAGGUCAUUGUGGCGGAGUGUGCACCAUUCUGCCAGGGUCAUGAAAUGGCUGUUCGACUGUCCAAAGAGAACAUUGAAACUACUGUCAUGAGUGAUGCAGCUAUUUUUGCUGUCAUGUCUCGAGUCAACAAGGUCAUCAUUGGUACAAAGACAAUCCUGGCCAACGGCGCCCUGAUUGCUGUGAGCGGGACUCACACCCUGGCACUGGCGGCUAAACACCACUCCACUCCGCUCAUCGUGUGUGCCCCCAUGUUCAAGCUUUCACCGCAGUUCCCUAAUGAAGAAGAUUCAUUCCACAAGUUUGUGUCACCACAGGAGGUGCUGCCAUUCACAGAAGGGGAGAUCCUGGCCAAGAUCAAUGUUCACUGCCCAGUGUUUGACUACGUCCCCCCAGAGCUCAUUACUCUCUUCAUUUCUAACAUUGGGGGUAAUGCGCCUUCCUACAUCUACCGCCUCAUGAGCGAGCUCUACCAUCCAGAUGACUACGAGCUCUAACGCCACAAAGCACGUCACUCUCCAGACUUUUCUUUCUCUGUAGAAAGAUGAAACAGCUAAUUAAAGUGUACAUUGCAGAGAUGGGUUGCUGUGGGGAACUGGCUCAGCAGAAUGUCUUUCCCACCCAAAAACAACUGACGGCAGAGCUCUUGUAUGGGUAUUGAUCACUGUGCUGUGUUAUGUGGAGCUGCUCACCCACUUUCAUUUUGAAGCAGCAAGGAUUCUGGAAGAGCUAAGCUGUUACUUCAAGGUGUGCUGCAAUAAAGGCUGUUUACAGUGAUCUCACUGUUAAGCACAUUUUCCAUAUACAGUUAAUUUAAAUCUUUAACUAGCAGGAGUUUAACCAGUGUAGGGAGUUGCCUGCACCUGUGAUGCAGUAGCAGGCUUUAAGGUGUGCUUUCCUAUAUGAACAUGAGAGAAAACCAUUUGCAACUGUCUUCAAAAUGGAUUUUUUUGGUACAAUGUUCUGACUGAAAUACAAACAAGCUUUCUCUACAGUGCUGGAAUGGAAAUUCCAUUCUGGAUGAAAGGCAGACCUUCAGAAGUCCCAUCAGCUAGCUUGUCCACAUCCCUGUCAGAAAGCCCAGCUCAAGCUCUUGCUUCACUUAAUGUAGUCUGAGAUACUCUCCUCUCCUAUACUACUUGCAUGACUUCGAUUAGUCUGCUUAGUUGGACAUCUUGUCUCAUUUGGAAAGUUCUUAAUUUUUGUGAGGGGCAGCAUGGAAUGUCUUAGAAAUAUGAGGCUCUUGCAGGUCAGUCAGAUAAUUUUUCCUUAGUCCCUUUUGCCAAUGUAUGGCAACACACUACACCACGGUUAAGGCACCAAAUGAGAAUAGUUUCCACUGCUUGUUUUGCUUUUGAUUCAGCAGAUGUUAAUUUCUAGCUGAUUGGUUUUGAGUUGGAUGUCUGUGAUUAAAUGAUUAUGUCUUUUUUUUUUUUUAACUCUUCUGAAAUAAACUCGACUCCUUUAUCUUAGGCUGAGAUACAAAAUAGAACUGGAACCUGUAAAAAAGUCUGCCUGUUGUAAAAAUGCUUUGGGUUAUUUAGUUAUUUCUCUGGAGGUAAGUUUUUGUACCCUGAAAAUAUGGGGCUGUGCUAGGAUUUGAAAAUCUCACUCAAGCAUGCAAACUGCAGAGAGCUGGAGAAAACUGAUGGGCAUGUCAUUCAUUACAUAGUUAAAUAAAAAGCAUGGGUUUUUAUGCUAA